GCAGCAGCAGCGUCACAUGUUGUUUUUCCCCUGGAUCAGAUCAGUCCCCGGUCUGGUCGGCCUGCACUGUUGCUUCUACCGUGGCAGACAGCGGACGCAGCUAUAUCGGUGUCUGCUAUGGACUAAAUAAAAAAAAACAGGUUACCUUUUAAGUUUUUUUGCUGCGAGUUUUACUCAAAUUAAAAAGGACUGCUUAUCUUGAACUUGAAAAAAGAAGAAGAGAAAUGGCAAGUCCUCCGUCGACGGGGGAACACCUGUUAUCAAACGGGACGAACGGAGUGAAGAAGUGCGGAUACCUCAGGAAGCAGAAACACGGACACAGGCGCUUUUUCGUGCUCCGGGAGCCGACCGAGCGCUGCGCCGCCCGGCUGGAGUAUUUUGAGAGCGAGAAGAAAUGGAGAAACAAGUCCGCCGCAAAACGGGUCAUAACUUUGGACUCCUGUCUGUGCGUAAACAAACGGGCCGACGCCAAACACAAGCACCUCAUCGCCCUCUACACCAAGGACGAGUACUUCGCUGUGGCUGCAGACAACGAGCAGGAGCAGGAGAGCUGGUACACGGUUCUGACGGAUCUGAUAGCCGAGGGGAAAGUGUAUGACAGCCCAGCUUCCACCUCCUCUUUAGUGGGCUUUGAGGAGGCCAGCUAUGGACUCAUUACUCCAGCAGCAACUGCGUAUAAGGAGGUAUGGCAGGUCAACUUGAAAUCCAAAGGUUUGGGUCAGAUCAAGAACCUAACCGGAGUGUACAGGCUGUGUUUGUCCAGUCGGACCAUCAGUUUUGUCAAGCUGAACUCCGAAACAGCUGCUGUCAGUUUACAGCUUAUGAACAUUAGGAGAUGCGGCCACUCAGAUAGCUUCUUCUUCAUAGAGGUGGGCCGGUCAGCGGUCACUGGACCUGGCGAGUUCUGGAUGCAGGCGGAGGAUUCUGUGGUGGCGCAGAACAUCCAUGAGACCAUCCUUGAGGCCAUGAAGGCCAUGAAGGAACUGUCUGAGUUUAGGCCGCGGAGCAAAAGCCAGUCCUCCAGCACUAACCCCAUCUCUGUGCCCACACGACGCAACCUCAACAACCUCCCCCCGAGUCAGACGGGCCUGGUGAGGAGAUCCAGAACAGAUAGCAUGGCAGCCACAUCCCCGGGGAGAAAGUUCACAUCCUGUCGGAUAAGAACGGCCAGCGAGGGAGACGGAAGCGUGACCCGGCCUGUGUCCAUGUCCAUAUCUGUGAACGGGAGUCCUACAAGUCCAAACUCUGGAAAUCACCUCAGCAGGUCCUAUACCCUUAGCAGUGGACGCACCUGCAGGAUGCUAGAGUCCUCCUCUAACCUGCAUCACAGCCGGUCCAUGCCCGUGUCCAACUCCCCUCCAGCUGCCUCCAGCCCCAUCAGCAUGUCUCCCAGAGGGGGGGCUAGUAUCUGCACUCCUGACAAAGCUAGACGACCUUUCAGCUGCAGCGCCUCCAUCUCUGGCUCCCUCACCGACAAUGGCUUCAUGCUGUGUGACGAUUACAGCUCCAGCCCGGGUGAACUCAAAUACCUCCCCCUGACCCGCAGCGACACCCCUGACUCUCUGUCCAGCACGCCUCCAUCCCGUGACAUCAGCGACCUCUGCGGCUACAUGAUAAUGGAGGGGGCGAAUGGCAGCAGGUCCGGGCCUGGCAGCGAGGGUCUGGCAUUUGACAAGGCGUACAGGAAGCGGACGCACUCCCUCACCACACCGCGUCAACAGAGGGUGGUGGCGCCGCUGUCCUCGGCCUCCCUGGACGAGUACACACUCAUGAGGAUGGCCCACGGACAGAACUCUCACUCCGCCUCGCCCAAAAUGUGCUACCCUGAGGAUUAUGGAGACAUUGAAAUCGGGUCAUCCAGAAGCUCCAGUAGUAACCUUGGCGAUGACGGCUACAUGCCAAUGACGCCAGGUGUGGCGACCCAGUCUGGCAAGGCAGACAACUAUGUGCCCAUGAGCCCCAUGUGCGUCUCAGCACCCAAGCAGAUUGUGAACCCUAGGGUGCAUCCUCAGGUGGCGUCCAGCGGCGGCUACAAGACAAACUCCCCCUGCAGCAGCUCUCUUGAAGACAGCGGCUACAUGAGGAUGUGGUGUGGCUCCAAAUCCUCCAUGGAGAGCCCAGACAGGAAUGGUGAAUACAUGAACAUGUCACCUGGAAACCCACCUCCACCCCAGACCCCUCCCGACUACUAUUUGGGCGUGCUGGCUGGCGAACCUGCAUCAGUGAGGCCAGCUUACCAGGCCGGCUCCCUCACGCUCCCCGCUAAACUUAAAGCCUCCAAGAAUGACGAAAGCAGCCAGUAUGUGUUGAUGAGCCCCCAGAGUGUGAGGCAGAGAGCGGGGGAGUCGGACUAUUAUUCAGUGAUGCAGCCCACUGCAACUCAGACCUCACCCCAGAGCCCCUCAGUGCCCUCCCCAGUCAGACACGGCCGGGCGGAGAGCCUGCCCUACAGAGGGAGGCUGGGCAGGCCUAACAGGCUAGCCCUGGACACCCUGAGGACCCUGCCCAGCAUGAACGAGCACCCCCUGCCCGGAGAACCCCGGAGCCCUGGGGAGUACAUUAACAUCGACUUCAGCGGCACCAGAUUCUCCCCGCCCUGCGUUGUUGCCACAGAGAGCCAGUCUUCUUUACUGGGUUCCAGCGGCAGGGGCCCGGGGAAAUCCUCUCUAGCAGAAUACAUAAACCUGGAGCUGGGUUCACACUCACCCAAAGAGGCUGACACUCCUGCCGGGCGUUUGGACACACUCCCAGAGUUAUCCAUGUGCCCCUGCUCCGAGGAGGGGGCCAUGUACCCUCUGGAUAGUGAGAAAGGGUCUCAGGGCCUCGGUACUGAGGUGAAAAAUGACUACGCUGAGAUGACAUUUGGCAUGACCAGCUCGCCUCCACAGCUUGUUCCUCAGAACACAGCAAGCAGCCAGAGGAGGCUCUCUCUGGAGGACCAGGGCGUCCCAGAAGGCAUUGGGGUCUUCCUGCUUGGGGCCACCUCUUCCUCCACAGUGGACCCUGACUGCUCUGCCAAGGUGAUCCGGGCCAAUCCGCAGGGACGUCGGCGCCAUAGCUCUGAGACCUUUUCCUCUACUGCCACCGUGACGCCGGUCUUCCCCUCCUUCGCCCGAGGCGACACGGUGAAGAGGCACAGCUCGGUGGAGAACAUCUCGUCCCGGAGCAGUGAGGGCUCCGACGAGGAGUACGGCAGCCCUGUGAACCGGCAGAGCUCGGCCGGCUACCCGAACGGACUCAACUACAUUGCCUUGAACCUCCUGGACAACAGGGUGGAGAAAUGCGAGGACCUGGCGGGCUUCAAACCCACCAGCAGCUGCAAAGGGGGUAUCAAUGGAUUACACAGCACACCAUAUGUCUGUUUGGGAUUCAAGGAGGCUGCAACCACUGCCAAAGACUGAAGGACUCCUACAUCCUCUGACUUGGCAUCUUUACCGACCUGCUGCUCGAAAAAAAACAAACAAAAAAAAUCAACUUUGCCCUUCCACUGAGCUGUGUGGCCCUAAAAGACUGUUUGGACCUUCAGCAACAUUCGCACGCAAACACAUUCACACACACAGGAAACAAGCGGGUCACCAUCGUGAAUUUGCUGACGACAGGUGUGUGUUUGUGUAUGUGUGUGGGUGGAUAUUGGUGCGUCUCAUGUUACCUGCAGAGAACAUUUCUCCUCUGACCCAAAUUUUGGCGCAAGCACAGAAGCAAAGAUAGUCAGACAAUGACAAAACUGUAAUGGUACCCAGAUACUAUUUAUCUACUUGAGGGUAGUUAUAUGACUGCCUGUAUGUGUGCGAGUGUGUGUUUCUAAGACAAAGUAUGACCAACUGGUAUGUCUGUUAACAAUGAAACCUACUAUAGAAAUGGCCCAGGGAGCGAGGAUACUAAGGUACACAGAGUAUCCAGAAUAACUAUAUUUAGAUUAGAUAUUUUAUUUAUUUUUGGAAGAUGAAUGUCUGAUAAGACCCACCCAAUGCCUUAAUGUCUAUAUUGUCCUUAAGUUUUCUAUAAAAUAAGAGAAAUAUUCUAUUACAGUAUGUCUGUUUGGACCUACUACUCUAUAUUGUUAUUCUGUUGUGAAAAGUAAAAAGCCUGGCUUACAAAAUAAAAUAUUAUUUCUGAAAUGUAUAGUACAGUGAGGCUGCUUGAGAUCUGAUUUAUCGUAUUGAUAUUAAAGUAUUUUCUUAAUUACUAAUUUCUUAUUUAUUCUAACCAAGUUUAUUUUCUGUCCAAUCAAAGCGCUGGACUUAAAGAAAUAUAUUUCUAAAUGUCUUUAAGAGUUAUGCAUGUCUUUAUAACUCAGCUCAGAUCCCACAACACCAGGCAUCAGAAUGCACUGUACCUCCCACAGUUCCUCAGUCACUUGAGCCUGAAAACCUCACACACUCCUACCUUCAAACCUACGGCCUGCUGUUAAGCUCCAUGCAGGCCGCCCUGCUGUGAUAUCACUUGAUGGUACAACUGUCUAGUUGAGGUGAUGAUAAACGGGGGAAGCCAGUGAAAAAUGUCAAUGUUGGGGCACAGUCCAGACAGUUUCUGGUCAGGGCUGGAGGGGAGGGGGAAGGGCCACCGGUGUCAACAGUGCUGGGCAGAAAAAUUAGAAGAAGAGAGGCCAACAGCCACAUCUGGCACCAUCAUGGAGGUUCACUAGAGAAGCAGCUGUCUGGAAAAUAUAACCAGUGUUGGGAAGUAGCAUCUAUUGUACAGCAGUAUGGAAACUAAAGGGUGCUCACAUUAGCCACCAUUAGCUACUGUUAGCUCCUGGCUGACAUUAGCUGCCAUUAGCUACUGGUCAUACCAGACCAAGUAAGGUUGCAGCAAAACACCUGAGUGUAAUGAAGAGAACAACAGUGAAGUGAUGAAUGAAUGAAUUAUGAAUUUGCAAAGUGAUUUAACUUUCGCUGAACAGCAGCCACUGUGGCCACAAGUAGCAAUUUCAGGAUGAUAAUAAAAGCUAACAUGUAUGGUAACACUAGUGUGUCAAGUUUGCUUACAUUAGCUACCAUGCCAAGGCUGUAGCAAGGAUUUCAUUGCUAGAGGAAGAAUGUGUUAUUUCUUUAAAACGUUGCGCUGUCUGUUUUAAUCUAAAGAAAUUUAAGAUGAAUAGAGAAAUUUACAUCUCUACAAACAAAUACAAAAAACAAAUUGGAUUCUACUGCUUUCCAAGAGCUUUGAACCUCCAAAAUGGCGGCCAGGUGGAUGUUUAUCUGUAAGCCCUCAAUGGACAUCCUGACUGUGUGGUCCCUCUGCAUUGCCCACUGUGCAAACUCCAACUGGCUCACAACCCCUUAAGUGUACAGUAGAUUGUAAAACUUUUAACCAUGUCUGAAUGUAUCUCUGAGCUGGUGGGAACACCAUAGAAACGUAAUGUGGGAAACUGUUUUGACCGAGAUGAAUAAUAUUGGAGCUGUACCACGCUACGUCGGGGUAUCUAUUUAUCUUCAGAGUCUUGAUUGUGUAUAUUGUGUACAUAGAACGAGUUUAACAGGAAACAAAUCUAUUGAGACAUAUACUUAGAUUCUACCUAUGUUGUAAUGAUAUUCCUGUGUAAAGACUUUGGCUACCAAUUUUUAAAAAGAGAACUGGGUUUUUGCUUUUGGGUUGUACAGUGUAUUGUAUGAAUUUUUUUCCCCUCACAGUCUUUGUGACUAUAUGAAAAAAGACACUGUCUAUUUUAUUAUAGAGAUAUCUUUGCCUUGUCGACACACUUUACCUAAUGGCAUAUGCAAUAGUGACAUGAAAACAAUCUAGUUUACAACCGUGGAACCAAAUGUAACAUUACAUUGAUUAUUCUUUUUGUGAUGAGCAGAAGCUGUUUUGCUCCUUGUACAUUUCUCUUUCUGCCAAGUGUUUUUGUCGCUGGGAACUUUGUUCUUGACAUCUCUCAAAGCGCUUUCCCCAUUUGUCCAUGGACACACUCUUCUUUUACAGAUUGAUCUUGGAUUGAUUCAGUCUGAAUGUGUCAUUGUCUUCCAUUGUACAUAAUUCAAUAUACUGUUCAUUGUGAUGCUCACAAGAGAUGAUUAUAAUGAUUUAUAAAUUCUGGUAGUCAAGUAUUGCUUUUGUCUGUAUUGAUUAUGGAUAGCAACUUACGGAAAUAAAUGAAUCUAUUUAAAGAGGUA